CUUCUCGGAGGACGGUCUAUAGCCAAUGGGUGGAAGGCUACGGAGGCACAGUCCAAUGAGGACUUAGAUCGGCAGGAGGGGCAGGGAGAUCGGAGCUCACCGUUCGGGAAAGGGGGCAAGUGUCACUCAGGCCGGGAGAGCCGUAGGGGGUGGUUGCGACGGCGGCAGCGGCGGCUGCGGCGGCGGCGGGCAGCUGGUCGGAGCCUCCGCCGCCUGAGGAGCUAUCUUCCCAAGAUGGAGUUUCUCCUGGGAAACCCAUUCAGCACCCCGGUGGGACAGUGCCUCGAAAAGGCUACAGAUGGAUCCCUACAGAGUGAGGACUGGACAUUGAAUAUGGAGAUCUGUGAUAUCAUCAAUGAGACAGAAGAAGGUCCCAAGGAUGCCAUACGGGCCCUGAAGAAGAGGCUCAAUGGAAACAGAAACUACAGGGAAGUGAUGUUGGCAUUAACAGUGCUGGAGACAUGUGUCAAGAACUGUGGCCAUCGAUUUCACAUCCUUGUGGCAAAUCGCGAUUUCAUAGAUGGUGUUCUAGUGAAAAUCAUCUCCCCAAAGAACAAUCCUCCUACUAUUGUCCAGGACAAAGUACUGGCUUUGAUUCAGGCUUGGGCUGAUGCAUUUCGGAGUAGUCCUGAUCUCACUGGAGUGGUACAUAUUUAUGAAGAACUAAAAAGAAAAGGGAUCGAAUUUCCCAUGGCAGACUUAGAUGCCCUGUCUCCAAUACAUACACCACAGCGGAGUAUCCCUGAAGUGGAUCCAGCAGCGACUAUGCAUAAGUCUCAAUCGCAGCAAAGAAUGAGCUCCGCAUCCUCUUCUGCACCUUCUCCUACACCAUAUGCAGCUCCUCAGGCCCCAUCUUUGAAUGUGACUGGGCCUAUCACCGCAAACUCAGAACAGAUUGCCAGGCUGAGGAGUGAGCUUGAUGUUGUCCGAGGAAACACAAAAGUCAUGUCUGAGAUGUUAACAGAGAUGGUUCCUGGUCAAGAAGACUCUUCCGAUCUUGAGCUGCUACAGGAAUUGAACAGGACCUGUAGAGCUAUGCAGCAGAGAAUCGUGGAACUCAUCUCCAGAGUUUCUAAUGAAGAGGUCACUGAGGAAUUGCUGCAUGUGAACGAUGACUUAAAUAAUGUCUUCCUCAGAUACGAGAGGUUCGAACGGUACAGGUCAGGUCGUUCUGCUCAAAAUACCAGUAAUGGAGUCCUCAAUGAAGUAACUGAAGAUAAUUUAAUAGAUCUUGGUCCUGGUUCUCCAGCUGUCGUGAGUCCAAUGGUGGGUAAUACAGCACCACCAUCUUCUCUUUCCUCACAACUAGCCGGCCUUGACUUGGGAACAGAAAGUGUCAGUGGCACUCUCAGCUCUCUCCAGCACUGUAACCCCCAGGAUGACUUUGAUAUGUUUGCCCAGACGAGAGGAAACUCCUUGGCUGAACAGCGUAAGACAGUCACUUAUGAGGAUCCUCAAGCUGUGGGAGGACUGGCCUCUGCAUUAGAUGUUCGAAAACAGAACACUGGAUAUUGCUGUGAUUUCUUUCUUUCUGGGACAUUUCUUUUCUCUGCCCAGAGGAGAGGUAAAAGUGGGAACUCCGACAUGGAGCCUAUAGACAAGUGGCUAAUUACACAAGGAAUGAUCCCUGUUGCGCAGUCCUCUGUCAUGGAUGACAUUGAGGUGUGGCUCAGUACGGACCUGAAAGGUGAUGAGCCGGAAGAAGGAGUCACCAGCGAAGAGUUUGACAAAUUUCUUGAAGAAAGAGCCAAAGCUGCUGAAAUGGUCCCCAAUCUACCUUCCCCACCUGUGGAGGCACCGACAUUACCCAUAAACACAUCUGGAAGAAAAAAGCCAGAGCAUUCUGAAGAUGCCCUCUUUGCCCUGUGAUACAUUUUCUUGGUCUCCUUCCUUGUGCUGUGCAGAAGAACACUACUGUCUGGUCACACCGUACUCUCCUCAGUUACGGAGAAUGCUCACCCCUCAUCAUUCCUCCUGUAUCUAUUACCCUUUCCUACUCCCCAGUCAGGCAUACCAUUCUCACUAAAAAUGAAACUUCACCCAUCUCUCCUUUCAAACCCUAUUUUAUUUCUUCUAAGUCUCCCACUCUUCAAUACUGCUUUAACCACCUUUUUCCUUUCUAGGCUGUGUGAAAUUGGCUGCUGCUACUGAAACCCACCUCUCCCUUCCCUUGCUCCCACCCACCCUACCUCCCUAGUUCCUCCUGAAAAACCUAAGUGCAUGAACUCAUUUUUCUCAUAUUGGAAACCAAGUAGAAAGCUGCUGCCCAGCCUUGAGGUGAUUUUUCAAGAUGGUUUCCUAUUUCCCUUGCCUUGUAGCCAAAUAUUUAGCAGGAGACAAUGGAGGAUCCUUGGGGUCAGGAUGGAUUAAAGUAAAGGAACAUCUUACUCUUGAUGUUUCCUAUUAUAGGUCCAAAUCAUAUCACACUCCUGCUCUAGAAUUCUGCUUUCCACCUUCUUUUACUUCUCUGUCUCCUGGACUUCUGAAUGGAGAGUCUAGGUGAGGAGUUCAGAAGAUAUGUCAAAUCUCAUGAGGUUUUCCAUUCUUUCUUCUCUUCCUUUCACUGUGACUUUUUCCAAUUUGGCUUCAGGAGGCUAAAUGGUGGUCUGAUGCCUUCCCUCCUUUGGUUGCUCAUCAACAUGCAUUAACUUGAUAUAAUUAAAAAAAAAAAAAAACAACCUUGGGAUAUUUGGGAUUUUUAGCACUUUAAAAAGUUUUGCAUUAUUUCCCAGUGUUCCAGAGAAUUUUUCCUGUCAGUUUUUUGUAUUAUGUAGGUCCUUUGGGAUCUCUCUUUCCAGGCAUACCCAUAGAAGACCUUUUGUUGUAAGUUUAUGCCAAUUGUUCCUUAGUGGAUUUGGCUCUACCCACUUAGCUAGAUAGAGCUUGAAUUCUUUAGCAAAGGGUUGCAUUGCCAUCCUGAAGAAAUUGGGGAUUGUAGAGGGUACACCCUCUGAUGGACUGUAGUUUCUAUAUGGCUUCCAGUAAAUCUAGUUAAUAAAGAGGAAGUUAAAGGGAAGGAAGGAGAUCAGGGGUUGAGGGUAUCAAUGAAAAUCGGUAUUAAAUCAUACAGAUACUGGUCAUAGCAGUUUGACUCUCUUAUAUAGGGUUAACACUGAUGUUUAAUAAUCUCACUGGAAGACAUUGAGGACAUCCCUCUUUGGUUCUCCCAUUUCCUUAACUCUCAUGCUUUAAAAGGAUUUUGCACUAGGAAAAGCUGCUCCCUGACUACUGGAGAAAGUAUUUUGAUGUUUGUUAAUGUAUUGCAUGUGUGACUCUGGAAUAGUUACAUAGUGAGCUUUGCACCUCUGCUGCCUACAGGCCACCUUAUCAGAAGGAAUGGCUGUCUAAGCCCUGCUCUGUUAGCUUGUUUGGGCUCCCAACAACUUUAUUAGCUACUAUAACACUAAGGCACUUCUACACUCCUUUGGCCCUGCCCUGACACCACAAUCGUAAGCUUGAGUCUCUUCCAUCGGACAAACUUGAAGUCAUCUUUCUGCACCUUAGCCCCUUGUUUCAGGGGAGUGCUCUCAGCGCCUGUGGUCUGCUUCCACACUUUGACUCUCUGCAGAUGCCUCCAGAUCCGCAGGAUGAUCUGCAAAACUGACUAAUGGGCUGCCUGAGGGAAGUGUCCAGCUGUCCAAGGAGGUGGCAGUCACUUUGCCAGGGCUUGCAUCCAUCCAUCAGGGCUUAUUUGAAACUGGAUAUUUGAGGGGUUCUCAUUUAGCUCUUGUCUUUUUCCCCUGACUUCCUGUCCAGAGCUGCCAGAUGUUAAACCUUGCUACUGCACAGUAACUGGAAGGGAAAACGCUGCUGUAGCCAAGAGAGUCGUUCUUUGACUUCUUUCUUCCCGACAUUGCCUACACUUGGCUCUCAAUAGCUUGCCCCUUGCCAGUACUUGAAGAACUGACUUUCACCAGCUGGUAUGCAGCUACUUGACAUGAGUUAGUCUGAAUUUGCUUCAUUUAGACCUGUUGAGUCAGAUGCUGCUUUCUGUAAUGGAGAUUCCUAAAGUCUGCAGAGUUCCUCAUGAACAUCUGGGGGUAGAUGUUCAUCUUGGCCCAGAGUACAACCUGAUGUUAAUAGGCUAAAUGCAGCUCCUAUUAUUGUGCAUGUCAUGGCCAGCCUAGGCCUCUCUGUGGCCCAGGGCAAUGGCAUGUAUAAAGUCAAAGGAGUUUCAACAAGAGAACAUGGGCUUAGAGCCAUCACUGUUGGCUGGCAGAGAGCAGAUUAAUUUUCUUCCUUCAGGAAAGAAAGGAUGUAUUGGAAUCAGGGACUAGAUUUUGCAGAGACAUGACCUGGCAGCUCAGGUUCUGGGUGAGGCUAAAUACCAUUCUUGUGGCUAAGCCAGAAGCCAGAUUUAGCUCUGGCUGAUUCUCAUGGUGAAAAACCAGAGACACUAGUUGGACCACAGAUAUCUGUAACCUGAAUAAGUAUAAGUAUUGUUCCUUUAGGCUUUUGAGAGUCAGUGAGUGUGCCUAAACAUUGAGCCUAGGGAACUAACUCUUAGUUUGAACUUGCUGACUAGCAAGAAUUAGCUCAACUUCAAUAAAAUCAUACUCAACUAUGAUGACACCUAAAUAUCUUCCUUAUGGAACUUAUCUAGGCAGCUUUAAGCUGCUGUUAAUCUUUUCCUUGGGCUAUACUUUUUUGUUCUCUUCCCCCCCCUCUCUAAGAUCCUCUCUGUGGUCUGUCACUCCCAUUUUCACAGUUUCCUCCCUAUCCUAGACAUUCUUCCUGCCUUUUUAUGUUUCCCUCUAUUCAUUCUCACUUCCUCCCACAUUCUUGCCUUCUUUCCUAUUUUCUCUCAUUUUCCCUUUCAUGUGGUUUUUCAUGUAUGAUGUCCUUAUAUCUAAUGUUCUCUUAUCAUUUAAAACCUGGGGGGCUGGAAGAGUAGCACAGAAUACUAAAGUCAGAUUUAUGCCAGAGAGGUUCAGUUACUGUUUCUUUCUUUCUCAUUCUCUUCUCCAUUGACUUGAACUCUGAAAUUGAGCUACAAUAACUAUCCUCUUAGAGGGACCAGAACUGGCUUAUUUUUUGCCAGACUUGCAAACAUCAUUGGAUGAGAUGCCUUAAUAUCUUUUCUUUCCAACCAUAUUAUUCUUAUGCUUUCUCCCUGUGUCACAGGACUGUAAUUUUCCCAGCCUAUGAAGGCUUUCAAGGAAUUCAUCCAGGCAGACAGAUGAUGUUAUCUUUCUAAGAUUCAGCUUCUGGCAUGAAGUCACUUUAAGGCAUCUCUCAGGCACAAUUGGAAGUACAUGGAUCCAUCCAAAACAAAGUUAAGUUCCCCCCCCAAAAAAAAAAAAAAACAAAAAAAACUGUAGAGCAUGAAUGGUCCUCUCGUUGUUUGAAACCUCUUAAAUUUCAGAUUUGAGCCACCAGCAUCUCCAGGCCCCUCUGGAUCCCAUGUCUUUAUGUAGGUUUCUAAGGAGGUUAGUCAGACCCUGAGAAAACCAUGUAGCUCCAAGUCCCUGAGGCCAUUGUUUGAAGCUUCUUCUAGUGCUGACCUGCAUGAUAGCACCUUAGCCACAUUGUGGUCUUUUGAAAAAAUGCUGCUUGUGGAGGGAUACCAGUCACAUAAUCUUCUCACCCUCUCCAGCUGCUAACUUGCUAUGGAGACAUGCUUCAUUACAGUCUUUUUCCUUCUCCCACUUUAUAAAAGAGAAUGCUAACAUAUUAGAUCCAAUUUUUUUAUCCAUAUCUGAAAUAGGAGAGUAUGAUGAUUAGGCCCUUCCCCAUUCUUUAGUCUGGCUUUAGCUUCUAUUUUUCACAGAGGGAGAAGUUGUUCCCAGCAGCCUACAUUACAGAAAUAUAUUUGUUUGCUUCAGAAUCAUUUUCUGCACUUCUUACCUCAAAUUCUUAUAUUUACCUAUUUCGGUUAAGUAGAGGGAGCAGCUUUGAGAUGCUUCAGUUGAUGAUAGAUGGCAGCAAAAGGGCUUCAUGGUCAAUGAUCUCAGUGAAAGGGAGCAAGGCUGUACUGAGGAAAGGUGGCUGUGUAUCCAGAGAAGAAUUCAACAAUAGAGCUAUUCGUGGCCCUGGGUCCAGGUGAGCCCAAUGGGCUUUUCAGUAAAAAACUAUUAUUCACAUCUUCCAAAAAAAAAAAAAAUCCCCUCUCCAGUUUUGUAAUGCAUUUUAGGGGUUCAGAGUCAGUCACAUCUUUGGGGGCUGUGUAGUCAGAAAUGGCCCCAGUUUAGUUCUUGCCCAUGUUUCUUUUUUUUUUCCUUUAAUUAUUUAUCUAUUUAGUGUACUUGGCCUGAAGAGACCUUCCAUCUUCCACCUACAGCAAAUAGAUAGAUCUUUCCUAUGAUCCUAAUAACUGUGAUUACAAAAAAAGCUCAGCUCUCCAAUAUUAGCCAAUUCAAAAAGAGAUCUUUAAACAUUGUAAAGGGAAUAAGGGACCUUUUAUAACCUAUUCCAACAGAAUGGAGAGCUGCAGUAGAUGAAGCACUUCCUGAUAUCUCAUGUUUAAAUGCAUCAAGUUCUAUAGAAGGACCAACAAGUGGGAUCCACAAGAUGAAUAUGUGUUCUUAAGUCAUUGAUUACAUCCAGAUUGGGGUAAUAAUUUUAAUCAUUUCAAUUGCCUUUUGGAUUCUUAUUUUCCUUGAUACCAUUUAUGACCCAGUAGCUUCAGAAGUCUUGAUGAGAACAUAUAAAUCAUUUAAGAUGUAAAAGAUAAUGCUCCUGAGAAAGGGUUAUAGUACAUCUGAGAUCCAUUUACAUUCUCAGAUGGAUAUGAAGUUGAAUUAUCCCAAGGAAGGAAUGUGGCUUUUCUUUGAGAGCAAGUCCAGAAAUUAGUAUGUUAUGGUUUACAAGGCCUAUAAUGUCAUGACAAAAGAAGUCAUAUUCAAGACCGAAUAAUCAAAUAAACCGAAUAAAAAUGAGACUGAAUAAAAAUUACUGAAAAGAGGUAUUCUAUGAGAUUGGUUUCAGGAGCAAGAUAUUGCUGUUCUGCAUCUCUUUUGAACUUGGUGCUUUUUAAAUGGUUGAUACUGAUGCAGACCAUAAAUGAGAAUUAAUUUUGAACACAUCAUCAGAAAAGUUAAGCUUCUCAUGAGACAAACAGUGCACGAAGGUCAUCUAGUUUGCAUGUAAAAGAUGGCCUACUGUCUCCUUUUCAAUGUAUUCAUCAGCAGCUUUGUUAGAUGGGAAUGAUAUUUGAGUUGCUGAGACUAAAAAACAUGUACCAAUUGAUAAUAUCUUUCUUUGUGCAUACGCUGCAAUCAUCAAAUGAGCAAUAAAGGUGAAUAGGAUGAUGGCCAAGCACAGUCAAUGCUAACCUCAGAUUUGCAAAAAGCAGAAAGAUAUUUUGUACCGCUGACAAGUGAGUGCCCAGUGAGUGGGUCCAUGAUGUCACCAUGCACUAUGGGGAUCAUCGACAACUUCAUCCACUUAAAUCCACUCCCAUUUCUUCUGCUGCCACCUCGAUUACAUCUCCAUAGCCCUCUUGCUUUAUUAUAUCAUUCAUUUUGAAAGUUUCUCUGAGUUUUCCUCCCCUGAACUAAUAGAGCUCGAUUCUUCUUCCUCAUUUGAGGAAGAGUCUUCCUUCUCUUGGACACUGUCUAGAUUUACUGACCUGAUUUUGUCUGCAAGAAUUUCAAGUGUUCUCAUGAAAAGUUUAUUUGACACACUGUCCCUGGCCUCUGGAGAAUAUCUGAAGUCACAGUCUUGAAAAACACCCCAGGAAGUGGAGAGGUCUAGUUGGCAACAAUGUUUUGACCUCACAUUGAGUUGUUCAUUCUGUUGACUAGUUAUUGUGAUUUGACAUGUCACAUUCUUUUCUCCAUUAUCUGGAAGUUUUUGGGCAUUAAAUCUGAUACCAGAGAUAAUCAUGUCUGUAAGAAGGAGGAGCUGAAGGAGCAAUGGAUGAAAGCCUGGACACAGUCGAGCUGGAGAUAUGGUUGUGUGGUAGGCUGAAGGUCAACAUUUUCAGGUGGCACCUUACUAGACACAAAAAAAGACUCAGUCUGGCAUCCUAAUUUUGUUUCAAUAGCCUUAACCUGCUUAUCUAAUAUGUUAAGAGUUUUUAGUGUACUCUAUAGGGUUUGUUUGUUUGUUUUUUUUUUAAUCUGGGUGAUCUUACACUUGUUUUCUGUUCUUUUUCCCGGAUUCAUUCCAUCAUCUGCUAAUUUCCUUAAUGUGCUCUCCAGAGAAGUUCUCUCCACUUUUACCUCUAUCUACAUUACCUUCUCACAGACCUAAACUUUUCUUGCAGUCUUGACUAGUCUAUUUAGUUCCACUCCCAUGUCAUCUGUUGCCCUCUCUAGCACAUCUUCAUAGAUAGUCCUCUUGUCCUAUUAAAUUGCUCAUUCCGAGUGUCUCUCUGAGCUUUCCUCUCCUGAGCUAAUAAAGCUCAAUUCUUCUCCCUCAUUUGAGGAAGAGGCUUCUUCCCCGUUUUUGACAUUGUCUUUAUUUAGUGACCUGAUUGUCUGUGAGAAUUUCAAGCGCUCUGGUGAGAAGUUUAUUUGACAUGAUGUCUCUUGCCCAUGAUUUUUAUGUAUGCUAAUCAUACUGAGAGAGUGUGUCCUGUAUCAGGAUCUUCUUUUGGCUUUGGCUUAUGACAUAUCAGCCAGGAAUUACUAAAAGGAACCAAGAAGCUCCUUUUCUUCAGUGUUGGAGUCAGAAGCUAUAGAAAUAUCACUACUACCUGUCUCUUGGUGAUGGCCUUUUACCUUGCCUGUGACAAGUCCUCCCCUCUCAGAGCACAGGUACUGUGGCUCACAGAUGUGGGUCAGCAAAGCAAGCAGUCCUGAGGAUGGAACUGAAUUGCAAAGGAGGGGGGGAAAUCAAAGUAGGAAGUAUCUCUGAAAAUGUUAGAAAUCACAGAUAUAGUAUGUACUUAAUUACACUAAAUUAUUGUUGGAAUUCCUCGUAAGUACUAAUUAUACCUGAUUAUAGGUUAAAAUAUUUAUUUUGUCAAAAUAUUUUCUUUGGGCUAUGUUUAACCUUUUCCCUUCUCAUUGUGUACUGAAAUGUGAAAAUUAAUCAUUUGCCUAACUUUUGGGGGGGAAAUGCUGGUAGAGAAGGGCAAAAACUAAGGUUUUACAUGAACCAUCUGUGCAUCUUUGGCAAGCACUUGAGCAUUGCCCUCUCUGAAUACAUUAAGAUAUUUAACUAACCAAGUGGUUCAAAGAUAAGGAAGUAAGAAAGAGUAAGAGUGGUACUUUUUGAGAAAAGAGUCGAAAUAUUUCUUCCAGGAGAGGAAAUAUGUCAUUGUCCUGGGCCAAGAAAAUCCUUGUUCCAUCUCUCAAUAUCUUCUCUCUUAGCCUAUUUCUCAAACCUUCCAAGUCCCACUGUCACUUUCUGUCUACCUGCUUAGGCAAGGUAAAGGGUUUCUCUGAAAGCUCACAAUUAAAACUUAGGUAUGGAAGUAGUAGAUUGUUUUCCUUCCACUAAACAAGCCCAAAAUAUUUUCUCCAUUAUGGAAAACCUCACCACGGUCUCUGUGCCACCCUUAUUAUUAUUUAGAGCUUUCUUGAGCAAAGGUAAUCAUUUGCCAAAACAUUAGCAUCUGGGUCGUUCUUUUUGUUGUCCCCUCCCCAAUUCUAUAAGUAGGGGUUAUGUUCCUAAGUCUUGGGCCUGAGGAAGAGGGAAUGGAGGUAUGACCCUUGGGCAGUCUCUUUGUUCCUUCUAGGGAAAGGGAAAACUGAUUCAGCCUAAGCAUUCUAUGAGAAAUGCCCUAAAUAAAGCACAGGACAUGAUUUUUUCUGGAAACACUGAUUCAGCACACAACCGCUUUUUCUCUUCCUCCUCACCCCUUCCCUAAGAGCAUUCAGCUAACUCUUUGACUGUUGAAGAAAAUCUUUGGGUCAAUAACAGUGAUUCUGUAAGGACCAUAUCAGACUCAGCACCUCCCUCUAAAAACUGGUUCUUAGGAUGCCCAGCUUCUCUUGCACUAUGAUUAAUACCUGUCUUAGUUUAUUCAUAGUAACUGUUUGGGUGGUAUUGACCCAGAUGAUGAUUUCCCCACUCCCACACUCCUGUCUUGUUUAAAGGGAUGUGUUUUCACCUCCCCAUUUAUACAAAGCAAUAGCAAGCACUUCACAUGUGUUCACCAUAAAACUUCAUUCUGAUCUCACCUGGUUCGUUGCAUCAACAACCCCUUUUUCCUUCUCAAAAAAGAUCCCUCUUUUUUGUAUUUUCUGAUUAUAGCCUGGGCCUCAUGAGUACCUCCUCCUCCUGCUUCUCCUUCCCCUUUCCCCUCUCUUCCUUGGCCCUUCAGUCUUAGGAGCAACAACUCUCCUUCUAUCUGUCAAAGUACAUUGAGCUGUUGUUAACAACACUAUAUAAGAAAUAGCAGUUUUUCUCUGUAUAUUAAAACUAUAGGCUUUCCAGGUGACUAUUGGGGGGAGGGGUCAGAAUAUUUAUUUCCUGAAGCUAGUGGUUAAAUUGGGAGGGUUUAAGGGAUGGGGGUUUGAGAUGGGGAAUGUAUCUGUUCUAAAGAAGAAUGGAUCAAAUUCAUUGUCAAAUAGCACAACACAGCCAGUUUUCAUGUUGCUGCUGUGUGUUCCCAUAAACAGGUGAUGUUGGAUGUAACUUGUGUAUGGCUAAUGGUGAUACCAUUGUAUUAAAAUGCUACCAUUUGAUCUUAUUCCAGUACCAUCUCCCGAGUGUGGGUUUUUGCAUGUGAAAUACUCCAAUAAAAACAACAACAAAACUUCCUAGUGUAUGAAGCAGGAUGUGGCUAUCUGUGGGAGGAACCUGACCAAUGUACCCUAUUCCCCAGUCUUCAUCCUCUAUUUUUUUUUUUCAAAAGUAGCCCUCGAUUAAAGGUUUCAAACUCCCACUAAACAAAUCAUGAUCUUCCCACUUUCCUUUGAGCCUAGUGUCCACAAUCAGGAGUCCUCAAAUUACCGCCCUCGGGCCAGAUGCAGCAACUGAGGACGUUUAUCCCCCUCAUCCAGGACUAUGAAGUUUCUUUAUUUAAAGGCCCAUAAAACAAAGUUUUUGUUUUUACUAUAGUCUGGUCCUCCAGCAGUCUGAGGGACAGUGAACUGGCCACCCUAUUUAAAAAGUUUGAGGACCGCUGCAGUCUCUCUCAUAGCCUUACACAUAAUAGAUGUUUGGUCAAUCUUUGUUUUAAAAAAAAAAAAUUAACUCAGAAGUGAAAUAUGUGAUUUGUGCUCCAAAAUUCAGAGCUUAGGCUCAUAUGAAAUCCUUACGGAUUCGAACUGGCUGUUUGUUAAGCCAUCAAGUUUUUUAACAGCUUCCCAGAGGCAAGAGAUAUAUAUGAUCUUAGGGAAAUCAUUUCUUUUCUUUGCUGAAAUGUGAAAGUUGAAGAAAGGUUUCCAAGGUGCUUUUUCAGCUCUAAAAUUCUGAAUUCUGUUGAAGAGCCCAAGAGCUGUGAUUUGGGUAGACUUCUAUAAAUCCCCUAAACUAGUCCCUUAGCUUUUCAAGUUAUAGCUGCUCCUAAAGACUCCUUCCAAGAGCUUGAUCUUUGAAAAUAAAUUUUUUUGGAUCCCUAAUCUAGCAUUUAAGCUAUGCUUCAAAGCAACUCCAUAACUAAUCCCCUAAACAACUAACACUCCAUUGCAUCCAAGAAAAACAUCACACCUUUUAUGCCUUGUCUUUGCCAGGGCUAAUACUCAGAACACAUCCAUGUAAGUGAGCCACUCUCUAAAAACUGGAACUAUCCAAGAUUUGCAAGUUGAGGAAGUUUAACCCCUGAAGAAAGAGCACCAGUAAUCAUAUGAGACCUUCUGUUUUCCAAAAGAUGAGUGGAAUGAAACCAUUUGAACAGGUUUGGAGGGGUUUUGAUGCACUUGACCACAAGUUGAGUUGGCGGCUAGACUCUCUGAAGUCUUUGAUUCAACCCAACAUUUAUUAACCAACUACUUUGUGAAAAACACAAUGUUAAAUUAACAUUAUAGUUAUUAAAGUGAUAUGCUCAAGGUCCCAUAUCUAGUUAUCAGCACAGCUAGCACCAAAACCUUAGUUGUAUGGGAAUCAAUCUAGGCCUCUGAGGGGAGAAGCCAAAGAAUAUUAGGUUACAGAGAACUCAAGUCACAUAGUCAGCACAGGGAACUGUGCUAAGUGAAACCUGUGUCCUCAUUCCCAGCCCAGGGUUUCAGCCCUUGCCCGACCUUGCCUCCUGAUAACAACUGGUCAAGGUGCCGUCUCUGGAUCCAACCUCAUUUGUCCUUUAAACUGACUUCUCUGGUAUGCAAGAGCCUUGUUUCAUACAAAGUUUUCUCCCCACCUGGGUCCUGUCCCCUUUGGCAACUGGCAGGGAGGAAACACGAAUAUAGUUCCACAGCACUAGGUUUUAGUUAUUGCUAUCUAUAAUAACCCAUAAGAAAACAAUGAAACUCUAGAUAUAAUGGCUGCUAGGCUCCCUUCUAAAUCUCUCCAGUCUUGGCUAUUGGGUACGUGAUUCCCCAAGUACUCCUCCCCCCACCACCAGAUCCAUCCUCUUUUUAUCCAAUCUCAAGUUGUUAUAUAUCUAUAAGAACCCAGGGGCAGUAGAGGGUGGGAGAGCUUGAAAAUGUUUGAGUCAACUUAACACUCCCAGAACUUUAUCUACAGUGUAGUAGAUUAGGCUAUUGGCUCUUCUCAGUCAAGUAGAAAAGGGAAGGCUUAAGCUAAGGUUCACAAACAAGUAGCUAUAUGUGAAAUUUAUUAUAUAUUUCAAGGGAAAAGAAGAUGUACACAAUAGAUACGGAUAUUUUGAGUAUCAUGUAUAAUUCUCAUACAAUGGAUAUGAAAAUGCCCUUCUUAUUUGUUUUUUGUUAAAUUCAGAUUUAAAAAGGUUUAAAAUAUCUUUUUCAAACUUUAGCUUAAGCCAUUCAACCAAUCAAGUCAGAUUUGGGUGAUCAGUACAGUGGUGAGAUAGAAAAAUAUAAAAUAUGGCUGCAGUCAUCAAGGGACUCAGUUAUUCUCAUAAUGUUGGUUCUAGUGCCUGGUUACACUGAAUGCUACUCUACAAGAUGCUGAUUAUAAGGGUAGUUUAAAAGAGGGGAAGAUUAUCAUGGGCUGGAAUUAUCAGAGAAGGGCUUCAAGAAUUGUUAGCACAGUAUAAUGGAAAGGGCACAAGAUCAGGAAUCAGAGAAACUGGAUUUGAAUCAACUCAAUUGCUUGUAUGACCUUGAACUGAGAGAGAUGAACAGCUUUAAGGCCUCUUUCAAUUCUAAACCCAUGACUGAUUAGAUGGAGUCCUUGAAAAAUGGAUAAGAUGGAACCUGAGGAACCUGAUUCUUAACUUUCUCUGCUAGCUUGGCUUUACCUUGAAGAAUAUAUAGAUAAAUCUGCAAAGAAAGUAGUCAUAAUUGCCAACAAAAUAAGAUCCUGAAGACUUGUGGGAAGUAGGGAAAUAUGGGAAUGUUAACUUCAAUUCUCUGGGUUUUGUUUAAGGCCUAUAUUUCUGAUGAACGUGGUGGGAUAUGGGAAUGGGAGUAAAGUCAGAGUGGGAGCCAGAUAAUAAAAUGUUAGAGCUGGAAGAGAUCUUUGAGAUUAUAGGUCAGCAGUUUUCAGCCAUUUCCAAUUUUAAAACUCCUUUUGAAAUAUCAAAAAAUUUCUCGGAACAAACCAUAUGGUAGCAAUUGUACUUUCAGUACCUCUUGGUUGAGAAAAGACAUGAUGAUAGGGGGGAAAAAAAACACUAUUGUAAAUUCAGUGAUGCACUUAAUUUACAUUUUAUUAAUCACAAUAGUAUCUACAUAUGUGCGUGACAAACUAUAGAAAAAGUAUAAUGUUUGCUUAUUUAUUGAGUCAUGUUGCAUAUUUUAUUGGAGCUAAAUAAAAAAUUAAAAUGACA